ACAAUUUGUAAUUUAAAUAAUUCUCUUUGUUUCUGUAUGGCCUUUACUUUAAAAAAAUUCAAUUUUUUUAGCAAUUAGAACACUUUAGUUUGAUAAAAACAUUUUUUCUCUUUUCUUGUCUCUUGAUUCAACCUUCGUUCAUUGAUAUUCAAUAAGAAGAAAAUGAUUUAUCGUUACAUCUGAUUAAGAACACAAAUAUCUGCUUUUAAUGAUAUUUUUUAACGAUAACACGUGUAAAUAACAAUGUUCUAAAAAAACUUGAGUAAUCUUUCAACAGUAUUUUCUAAUAUCAUCCAGAUUAAUCUGGAAUUUAACAAAAGGGCAGCUCAUACACAUGGAGUACGCGUAAAGUAGUUCUCAAAUUCGACCUACAUUUAUAUUUAUAUGUAUUUUAUCAUGCGUUUUGCCCCUCUGCUCGUAGAGUCCUCUUCCCACGCGAACGGCAAAGACGUAUGCAGGGUACGUCAUGCAGUACGUGUAGCGCGAUCGUACGAAUCAGUUAAGUUCGCCGUAAUGCUCGCUGAAUUGUCAAGUGUACAACGGACGGUGAUAGACAUCUCGAGCUGACAUAAUUUGUUACGAUUAGAAAAUGCAGACGAAAUCCUUCUCGGCUUGUUUUUGCAUUCUAGAGUCGAAAACUCAGGAUUUCCUCAGCCGAUCUCUAGACUCUUAUAAAUACGUGCCUCAAAAAGUGAGAGCGUUAAUCGAGAAGACGAAGUGAAGAUCGUACGAAGGCUGGUAGUGAGAGGAAGAGAGAAGAGUGUGGUGUCAAUGAAAAAUAUUAAGUCAUUAUGCUGUCACUUAAGAUGCUCGCACAGCGACAGACACGCUUGAUAUUUGGCAAUAGCUCGCACUCGCCAAAUCACUAGGAAUCUAUUAAUAUUGAAUUGUCACAGAGAAAUAUACAUAAAGAGCAGAAGAAGAAAUCACAUCCAACGCAUGAGAAACGGCAAUACAACUAACGACGCAAAUUAAAAAGCAGAAAACAAGAUUGUUAACAUACAUGCGAUAAACUUAAAAACACACUCAAUAAUACAAUAUUUUGUUAAUGAAAAGAGAGACAUAUAAAUAGAUCCGGCGACGAGAGCUUCAGGAGAGAGCAAUCUCGACUCGUCUCUAUUCUUAGCUGCUGCAUAUAAAAAGAUUCAUUGAAAGGGAUAUCAUUAAUCGUUUAAAUUAUCAUGCAAAUCAUGAUCGAAUCAGAGCGGCUCAAAUGUAAGGCACUCGAUCGAGAUUUACGAUAACAAUCCUCUCUCGAAGUGAUCUGAACGAAACGACUUGUAAACGUGACGUGAUAACCGAAGAAAAGAACGGGAGAGAAAGAGCCAAGAUUGAAGAGACACACGAUGACGCGGCUGCAGUAAUUAGGAUGCUUCACAACGCGAAUCAUCGCAUAAUCGUACGAAUACUUAGUGCUUAAUUACGAAACGACGUUUACAUUGGAAAUUAAAUAUUAUACAACAUAAUAGCUUGUACCUAAUAAUAUCUGAAGUAAUUCUGAGAAGAUUAGAUGGAACAACAAAAAGCGACAAUAUUUAUUAUAAUUGCAAAUGGUUCAAGCAAGUUAAGGCCUGUAAUACAAGUUUUUUGUUUGCGCGUCAUAAUGUGGAAAAACUGAAAUAAUAAAAAAAUAUAACAAUGUCAAUAGAUCAAAUCGUUUAGAAAAAUCGUAUUCAAGCGAGAUAAAACUAGACGGAGGACGAUGCUUAAUUUUGAUUCGGAGAAAUAAGAGUGAAAUUGAAAACUAAUUGUAAAUUUAUUGCAUUCCAAUUGUAAUUAAAUUUCAAUUCGAGCGAAUAUGUGUGAGAAUGAUAAAGAUUCGUUAGGAGACAGUGCUAAAGUAAAGGAAAUAAACAGUCUGAAAAUACCGACUAUUUUGAACGAUGGUGAACAACAUUUUUAUUCCAGAAGCUUCAACAGUCGUCACAAACGCGAUCCGCUAUCCAUUAGAUUAGCUUCUACUUAUAGAUCGUUAAGAUGCACUUAUGCAGCGAAGGAUUAUCCGCAAAAAAUUAUGAUCGAUGACGUAACCGUAUCGAAGUUCGAUAAUGAUCAGAUAGAGAUCGACGCCGGUGAACCACCACCGAUCGACGACUCGCUCUUCUUUGACAAUCUGGAAUGCUGCAAGAACCACUAUGUAAACGGUGCCAAAUUGAGAUCGGUUCUGUGGUCCAUCGUCGACUCGACAGAGACGAGACUCCUCCUACACAUGGAAAAGAGCCGCAUGCUUCCGAACGCGUGCAAAAGCGAGAGACUACGGAACGUCGCUUACAUCUGGGCGUCCUAUCGCGGUCUACUGCAUCAUCUGCCUGAACUGGAGAAUGCCGGAGCGCAUUACAACUACGUCGAACCGCGAACCGGCGUGAACGCUAUCCUUGCGGCUUCACUGGGCGAUAAGGUUGCCUGCGUGGAAUAUCUGAUCGCGAAGGGUGCCGACGUAAAUUAUGAGAGCCUCAUCACUCGUUACACACCGCUUCACUUUGCGGCGUUGGGUAACAGCUGGCAUACCGCAGCCACGCUACUGGAUCACGGUGCCAAGCUCAAUUACGUCUGUCAGGAGGUGGUCGAGCCAAUUCUUCAUAGUGCCGUUCGCGCGAAGGCAGUGGAGACGGUGAAACUAUUGCUCGAGCGCGGUGCCAGCGUCGUCGAGAAGAAUCAUCUGGGCCAGACGCCGUUGCACGUGGCCUGUUUCGUGCAAUCGAUACCAUGCGUUGAGCUACUGUCGGCUAGCGCGCCCAACGUGAACGCCGUCGACAGGGAGCUCAGGACACCCCUGCACUUCGCCGUGAUGAGCACGGACUCGUCCGCCGAGUUGGUGCAACUGUUGCUGAAACGCGGCGCCUUGGUGAACGCGGUCGAUCGUACUGGCUUCACACCUCUUCACAUUGCCGCGCUAAACGAGCAAUCUCGGUGCGUGGACGCGCUCAUCUGGGCUGGUGCCGACAUCAGUGCGACCACGCGCACCGGCUUGUCUGCUUUGAACAUCAUAUUGAAGAAGAUCCCCGAGUCUCUGCACGUGUUCCGCCAACGGUUGGACGCCUCCAUCAGACUGACUCGACCGGUGUCGCAUAAUCGUGAGUUCGAGAUGCGACUGCAUUUCGAUAUUCUCUUUCCCAGCGGUAAUCAGUGCGAGACUAGUUUCAUAAACACUUUCGUACAGGAGCACCGAAAGGACCUGUUGUCGCAUCCGCUGGUAAUGGCCUUCCUACACCUCAAAUGGGAAAAAAUUCGCAAGCUCUAUUUGCUGAGGAUACUCUUGUACGCUAUGACAGUGAUAUGCAUGACUACUUACGUCCUGACGGCAUUAGCGUAUAAAUGUUACAAUCAAAACGAUACUAAUAGUACGAGGAUAUGCGGCAGUAGACGAGUGUCUGGCUUCCUCUUUCGAAGACCAAUCAUCGAGAUCGAAUGGUAUCUCGCGCUAGUCCUAACAUGUAUCACCAUACCGAGAAAGAUAUUUGGCUUUAUGGUCUACAAAUCGGCGAUACAGUAUUUUUCCAAUAUUGACAAUGUGUUGGACGGUGUAGUGAUCGUGAGUGUAUUCGUUACGUCUUUCGUGUACAGCGGGCGUACUUAUGAUUGGCAAAAUUACGUCGGUGCAUUCGCUAUCCUGUGCGCCUGGACCAACCUGAUGUUGAUGGUGGGACAAUUACCGGCUUUCGGCACCUACGUCGCCAUGUUUACGCACAUCCAGUUCGAGUUUGCCAAGCUUUUGCUAGCGUAUUCAGGCCUAUUAAUCGGUUUCACCAUCAGCUUUUGCGUGAUAUUCGCCGGCGAACCCGCGUUCGGUAAUCCUUUUACUGGACUGAUCAAAGUCUUGGCUAUGAUGGCUGGUGAAUUGGAUUUCGAAGGACUCCUCAAUCAGAUGGAUGACGAACCAACAGGUUCCUUUGUCUUUUAUCAUCCUCUAUCGCAGAUCCUCUUCACGCUAUUCAUAGUAUUUGUUACUGUAAUCUUGAUGAACUUGCUGGUCGGUAUUGCCGUGCAUGAUAUACAAGGUCUGAGGAAACACGCAGGGCUCACGAAGCUAGUAAGGCAGACGAAAAUGAUUCUCUUCACGGAAAUGGUGCUGCACAACACUACAAUCCCGUAUGCCUUCCGAAAGUGGAUGUCCGAUCACAAGAUCAACGUUGAAAAUAGGAAACGGGUCCUCGUGGUAAAACCGCUAAAUCCUCUCGAGAAGCGAUUGCCCAAGGAUAUAAUGAAAGCCGCUUAUGAGAUAGCACAGAAGAAUAUUCCCUCGUCUGCGAAUGACGACAUCAAUUUGAGCGAUCACGCCGUUUGGCUGAAACAUCGACAGGCUGAGUUCUCCGAUGUCGCCCUACAAAUGACAUUCGAAAAACUGAUUUCUAUGAUGAAAGUGAACGAAGAUGCUAUAAAAUUGCUGAGAGUGCAAUUGCUAGAAAUGAACAAGAUGCUGGAAAACGUCGUAAUAACAUUGGCGAAAGAAGAAAAUACCUCAUUAUAAUUUGAAUGGUUUCUAUAUCGAUUAUAUUUCCAUUGCUUUUUACAAACAUGACUGACAAAGUAGAUAUCGAAGCCACAAUUAAUGGUGGGGGGCCUACUGGUCAGUCGGGUGCUAUACGUUGGGGUAUUGCAUGGGGCUUACGCAGCUUUGUUGACAAACCA